UCAACGGUUGUCUCGUGUUACACUGCUACGCUCCAUCCCCCUGUCUCCCUCCAUCGCGGUCGGUCUCCUCUGGCCUGUGAGCGGAUGAAUGCCAAAGCCUCUGAUUUUACCGUCGCCAAAAGGACUCCAUGUCUUUCUUGGACUGUUCCUGCAUCUCCCACACUCAGGUCCAGCCCUUGGACAUAGAGGAGCGCUAUGAGGACAUCAGCCACCAGUUCCUGAGCUGUGACGGUUCUGAAUACACUCUGCAAGGGCCAGCAGGUGGCGAUGACGUCACAGGGCUGUCACCCGAGCCAGCCCACUACCAGCUGCUGUCUGAGCUGGGAAGAGGCUUCAAUAACUUGAGCCAGGUGAACAUGGCACGCCACAUCCCUACUGGCCAGCUGGUGGCUGUCAAACAAACCAAUCUGGAUGAGUGCACCGAGGAGGAACUGCUGCAGCUCAUGAAUGAGGUUCUGCUGUCCAGGCUUUUCCGUCACCCCAACCUGCUGACCUCUCGCCUGGUUUUCAGCUCCUGCUGCCAGCUUUGGGUCCUCACACCACUCAUGUCCUAUGGCUCCGCAGACACCUUACUAAGAACAUAUUUCCCAGAUGGAAUGAGUGAAUCCCUGAUAGCAUACCUGCUAUACGGUGUGCUGAAAGCAUUGGAAUACCUGCACCGGAUGGGCUAUGUUCACCGGGGGGUGAAGGCCAGUCAUAUCCUGCUGUCAGGGGAGGGCCAUGUCUACCUCUCAGGGCUCCACAGUGUUUACAGUAUGAUGCGUGAGGGGAAGAGGAUGAGGGCAGUGUUCGAUAUGCCCCAACACAGCCCUGCCCUGUUGCCCUGGCUCAGCCCCGAACUACUGCGACAGGACCUGCACGGUUACGGAGUGAAGUCAGACAUCUACAGUUUGGGUAUUGUGGUCUGUGAGCUUGUCAGCGGCAGAGUGCCUUUCCAGGAUAUGCCCCCCACUCAGAUGCUGCUUCAGAAGCUGCGCGGCUCCCACUGCUGCCUGCUGGAUGUGGCUCCCUUCCCGCUUGGCGAGCUGGGGGGGCUGAAGGUGUCGCGGUCCGGGGUAGACUCCGGCAUCGGGGAGAGCGUGGCCACUGGGAGCCUGACACACAGCGCCACCGCUCCUCCCACCGACCGACCUCAAAGCCCUGGGCCCAAAAACCACUCAGCCACCCUCCACAACCUGGUUCAGCUAUGUCUGCAGCAGCAGCCUGAACGCAGACCGUCAGCAUCUACACUGUUGACCCACGCCUUCUUCAAACAGGUGAAGAGGCACACCAGAGACACCUUCCUCAGCCUCAUGUACCCAGCAGUGCCCCUCACCAGCCCCGAGGACCCUCCAGUAUCCUGCCCGCCCGCCCCGUCCUGCCACGUUCCAACAUCACCCUCCACAGACACCGCCGAGGCUGUGUGGGACUUCUCCUAACCUCAAUUCCCUGUCCCUGAAUCUCCAAAAUUUUGACUAGCAAGCCAAACACAAGACAAUCAAAGCAAAGCAAUGAGGCCAAAUUCUACUGUGCUUUUAUUUUGUAUUAUUAACCCGACUCUCUGAGCCUUUUUUAAGUAGUUUUGUAGUUUUUUUAAUGUGUUUGUCUGAUGCAUAUAUGGAGUUUGGGUUGUGGGCUGGUGAUGAGACUGUGAAAGUGCUGGAUCAAAGACGCUGCUCUGAUCAAAUACUAAGGAAUCAUAAUGUCACGGGACAAAACACUAAAGAAAUCGAUUAACAAAUAAUCACGCACUUCCUCCGAGGUUAAAAGCAACUAUGAAUUAAAGGAAAAGUCCACCCAGAAAUACUUCGUUAAAAAACAGCUGUUUGUACUAAGCAAUGGAUGUUUUAACGGUUUCACAUAUCCAUGGUUAAUGGUCAUUUUUUAGGUGACCAUAUUAGCUGUUCUUCUUCUCCUGGAGGACCUUGUUAACUGAAUCUGAAAUAAAUAACUUAAUACCUCAAAAAGUUAAAUCCUAAUAGGUACUGACAAAAUAACCACUGAAGUCUGUGCUGGGGCGGAUUUUUCCUUUACAUUGUUAUGUUUUCAGACUGUGAAUAGUGAAUACUUAGGUACAUAAAAAGAUAUUAACAACACAUGCAUAUAUAUUCAAAUUUAACUGAGGUUUUCAAACUAAGAGUCUAAAGUUGUGGUGUGAGCUGCAGUUUGCAACAAAAUUUGCCAUCCUUCUUGGAGUCAUAACUCAGUAAAAUCUGAACACAGACAUAAUGCACAUAUUUUUAGAUUCGGUGUGACUUGUACCUUCUGAGGAUAUCAUAAUAUCUGAUGUCUAUCGCGAGUAAAAAGAUGCAUCUUGUUACUGCAGAACCUGCUUGAGAAUCUUCACGAUUUUAAGUUUUCAUCAGUAUCAAAGUAAUCCACUGAUAGUUGUCUGUACAUCCAUGAGUACAUUGCAAACAGGAACUGCUAGGAGUUAAUUCGGCAUACUUUUAAUGGUGCCAAUUUGCCAAAACAAAACAAAUAUAUGCCGAAAAGUCAGGCUCAAGUUGUUGCAGCUGACUUACUGACUCCAUGGCAACAUCAUACUUCAGUAUACCAAAAUAUUACUAUUACUACUUGCUAAAUUACACACACUCCCAAAUGUAAGUCUCAAGUGCCCUGAGGCAUCAGAAAUAACUGAGGAAAUAUGACUGAUUAAAUAACUGUCCACAAGUAACUAUGUGAAUACAUUUUGCUGUAUGUUUGAACAUAUAUGCACAUAGUGUUUAACAUAUGUAUAGACAUUUUAAAACAUGUUAUCACAUGUUUGCCUGUGAUCAAAUAAGACGGUGCAAAGUUGGCUCUGGGAAAAAAAAGAGCACAUGAACAAUAGAGUAGACUUUAUUAUAGUGUAGAGUAUAUCUAGUGUCCCAUGUAGGAGUUAGUGGAUAACCAUCAGUAGAUAAAAACCUUCCCUCCUGUAUCGUCAGUGAUUCGCCAAACGAGUAUUUCUACUGUGCGCUGUGACCACUUUUCCAACAAUGCCUUUUUGUUUCAAUGGAACCUGCAUUCUGAACAUGGUGAUCUAUCUUUAACUGUGAUUAAGUGUACUGUGUAUGACAACUGUGAUCUGCAGUACAUAUCAAACAUGGUAGCUGUAUGAGCCUUAUAUACUGUAUAUAUACACAUAUAUUAUAAAUGAUAUAUAUGAAUAUACAACCUUUGAUUUCUAAACCUGUUAGCCUUGAUUGAUUUUCUUUAUAGAUCUGUGUUAACAGAAAAGUGUGUACUAUGUUUGUUUGUUUGUUGUUUUUCUAUAAAAUGCUCCAUUCUGCAGUACUUCCAACCAUCACAGUGCAAUAUUCUUCUUCUUAAAUCCCUGGUAUUUGAUGGAUCCUGGAGCAUGGACUGUAAAAGGACUUUCUUCUGGGAUCUCGACAACAUGUACUCAACUGUAGACAAACUGAUUAUUUCGCUUGAUAUGGAUGUAACUGUCCAUGACUGUUCUGACACAUAGAAGCGAGCAGAUGAUGACAUCUUCUUCUGCGUGCGUGAGGAGACUUCCAAACCUAACAGCACAACAAGAUGGGGACAGCAUCUCUAACACUGGGGUCAGCUGUGGCUCAGGAGGCAGAGUGGUCGUCUGCCAAGCAGAAGGUUGGUGGCGGUGUCGAAGUCUCCUUGAGCAAGAUACUGAACCCUAAAUUGUUCCUGAUGGCUGUGCUGUCGGUGUGUGAGCAUGUGUGAUGAACAGUUAGGACCUUGUACAGUAGCCUCAGACACCCGUGUAUGAAUGUGUGUGUGAAUAUGGUGCUUGUGUUGUACAGUUGUUGGUGACUAUUUACUGUUUACCCACAACAACUCACACACAAAUCUGAUAAAUAGCUACAGGUAAGAGGACAAAUAUGGAUAUUUGAUUUUAGGGUGAUGUGUCCCUUUUAGUAGGCUUUAUGUGACUUCAUUAAAACAGUUAAAUAAUUUCUGGCUGCAAAAGAAAUAAAAUCUUGAAUAACUUAUCAUCUGUGUUUUAAAUUAGAGGAGCAGCAGUAAUCUGAUGACCUAUCUAACUUGUUAUUAAAAUUAAUCAGACCUCAUUUUGUACAUGAACAUGCAAACUGAUACCUGAUUGUGUCUGAAUAUCCCACUGAUGUGUUUUGCUUAUUAAACAUCACAUUCUGGAAACAAA